AUGCAAGACGAUGAAUAUUUAAAUGAGGUUGGUGGGACCUUGGCUAAAUCAAAAUGUCCAAUUUGUAAUAAAUCAAUUGAACAAUUUUAUUUAAUCAUUCACACAAGAGAUUGUAUUAAAAGAUUGUCAGAGGUCAUAGAUCGAGUCGAAAAAGAUGAAACUAUUCUACGUGACUUGAAGGGUAUAAAGAAAAAUAGAAAGGAAAGAGAAAUCAAUCAAUCCUCUAGUAGUAGCAGCAGUAGUAGUAGUGGUAGUAUACAUGAAGACGAUGAUACCGGAAGUGAAAAGGGUUCCAGGAGAAAUAGAAACAAAGAACCAAGGGAAUCGAAACAACCGAAAGAAACGAAAGAGCCAAGAGAAUCAAGAGGACGUGGUAGAGAUUCCACCAAUCAAAUGCCAAGCCGCUUUCAACAACAACGACAAAUGAGACUAGAACACUCACAACAACAGCUACAAAUAAUGCAGCAACAAACGCAAUAUCUACAACAACAACAGCUUAUAGCUAAUCAAUUUAUUAAUCAAUCGACUCCAGUUGCAACUUCUUCUUCACAACAUCCAGCAUCAAUCCUUGGAAACCACGAUGAUUUUAUUGAAGAUGACUAUCAUAGCGAAGAAGGUGACUAUAUUGUUAACACCUAUAGUAUAAGACGUUCGGAGAAGACAAUUGAACCACCAAAACCGAUGAAACCGAUGAGACCACAGGAUUUCCAUCGUCCAGAGUUCAUUUUUGUGCCUGCCGUUAUGUUGAGAAUCGUUGGGUUUGCAACGCUUCCAAUCAUUCAUUUCGAAAGAAAGCUAUCGGCGUACGACGAGGAGGGUAUUGGCCAACCAAUGAAAUUCGGAAUCAAGCGACUGAUGGAACUUAGUUUACUCAGCAAACAAAUCUACAAAUUGGUUCGUACCUAUUUGAUGCCAGACUUGCGCUUCAGAAAUCUCAAGGACAAGGAUAUCGAACACCUGAACAGUGUCAAAUGUCCAAUCAAAACAUUCUUAACCUACGAACUGAAUACCUCGUUCAAUAACGGUGCCACCAUACCAACGACAUGCAACACCAUUGAAACACUAACACUCAUCUAUCCGACUGUGUUCAACUCUGACGUCGCUCAUGUCAUCAAAAUUCUAAAGAGCCAGCCACACCUCAAGAAACUACGUAUCUCCAUACAAUUCCUUAUCAAACCAGAGAUUAUCGAGACUCUCAAACAAUACAAUCCACAAGUAAAGAGACUUUCGGUGCUCUCCUACUUGGAGACACCAUUGUCCGACCAAGACAAUAUCGGUAUCGACAUCCUCCAGAGAUAUCUUGAAACCAACAAGAUUGUUAGUGUCAAAGCUUACAUUGCCGCUACAGCAGCGCGUCUCGAGCGAAUGAAGAAUAACAUUCCCAACAGUAAACUCAUUGUUAACUACACCUUUAGUGCUCGUUUAGAUGUGGCGUUCCAGGGAACCGUCAAUAGAAACACCGUUAUCAAAUCACUCGAUUUGAAGUGUAAUCAACUCGUCAAUCUAGCAGUGCCCCUCUCCAAGUUGACAGCAUCGCAAAUCAAUCAAGUCAGGUUUAUCAGUACCGAUCAGCUCAGAAACUACGAAUAUCUCAAACGUUUCAUCAAUGUAAAGGUGAUGCAUAUCACCUACUCACCAGAGCCAGCACUCAAAGGGCUGCUCACUUUUAUUUCCAGCAGAAUGCCAUCGGUAGAGUACAUCUAUCUCGUUCAAUACACAAGAAGAAAAGAAUCGAUGAUGUUUUUGGAUAACUGGAUGGUCGAACAUCUCGAUAAAUCAUUCCAAUUUCAAUUGGAACGUACUCAUCCAAUUGCAAAACAAUAUCUAUUCAAAAGAGUUUAUUUUAAAUAA